ACAAACAAAAAUCAGCUGGUGCAGUGACAAUUAAAAAAAAUAUUAAACAAAAAGCGGGGAGAAUAGCGUGCUAGACCAAACAUAAAUCGCAGUUAUGCUGCACUAAGUACAUACACACACCCACACACUAAGCACUCGCAUACAGUGGCAGCCGCCGUGAUUCGUAAUAGAUAAAAGCAUUUGUGGCCGAUAAGAGAGAGCUGCUGCCCAUUGAGGUGCCAAAGAGCAACACCACACGGCGUUCAAAUAUGCUGUCUUACAUCAAGCGCAAGCUCUCCGAGUCCGACGGCGGUACCAGCGUCGUACCCGUGACGUCGUCGUGUGGCGGAGGCGUCAGCAGCAGCAAUAGCAGCAGCAGCAACAGCAACAGCGUCGGCGGCCGCACAUCAGCGGACGAUUUAGUGCGCAAAACGAGUCAGAUGUCGAUGGAUAAUGAAGCGAUUGCCUACGGCGAGGACGCACUGCUGCAAGAGCUUGGCUACCGCAACGCCACAGACCUGCAAGAGACCAUCUACGACUUGUUGCGCGGCAUACGUGAUCCGGAGAAGCCCUGCACUCUGGAGGAUCUGAAUGUGAUCUACGAGGACGGCAUCUUCGUCCUGCCCCCCACACGCUCGAAUGUCUCCGUUGUACGCAUCGAGUUCAACCCAACGGUGCCGCACUGCUCCCUGGCCACGCUGAUUGGGCUCUGCAUACGCGUAAAGGUGGAACGUGGUCUGCCGCACAACAUCAAGCUGGACAUUUACAUCAAGAAAGGAGCUCAUCAAACGGAAGACGAAAUCAACAAGCAAAUCAAUGACAAGGAGCGCAUUGCGGCGGCCAUGGAGAAUCCCAAUCUGCGCGAACUCGUCGAGAACUGCAUCAAGGAUGAGGAGUAGCUCGACGCGUGCGACGGACUUUGUAUAUAACCAUUAGAGUUUCGAGUUUAGCGUUAAGUCUAGCAAUAAGCUGCCUCUCGGACUGUGUGCAUAGCAUUAAAGCCCCAAUGGAUCUGUUUAUCUGUCGUAAGGCCGAUCGGCCCGAACCCCA